AUGGAGCUGAGACCUGACACCAGCCACAAGGAGAAUGUGCCCCCCAGGCCGGCCACCACCCUGAGGCCAGAGCAAUGGAGACUCCGGAAGAGCCUGGCCAGUAGACAUGGCCGGUGGCUGCCCGUGGGCCAGGCUGAGAGCAGGGGGUCUGCCACCACACCAUCCCCGGGGGCAGCUCUGUGCCAGGAGCCCUGCCGAGUCCAGAGCAACCUGACCAGCCCCAGCCUGGGCCUCGCCCUGAGGGACACGACUGGCCAGCUGACCAACUCAAGCUUCCGGCAGCAGAGCAACUUGCAGCCCCUGGCCGGGAGGCCCCAAGGGAGAGCCCAGGCGUUUGCCAUCCAGCAGAGCAACCUGAGGGUCAGGGAGACCAGCCUGGCUGAGUGGGGACGUCGCCCCUGGUCGGGGGCUCAGGAAAGCUUCUGGCCGCACAGGAUGCCCGGGGGAAGCCCCCUACCCCAAGGGCCACUGGCUUCCCCAGCCUCCCGCCCGAGGUGGUCCCGGCUGCUGUCCACCAAUACCCCCUGCCCAGACACUGGGCCCGCUGCAGGCCUGGGCCCGCUCGAAGGGCACACACGGCCGGACCCCAGAUCCCAGUGUGGCCUGGGGGACUGGACCUCCAGGCUCGUGGGGGAACCCCUCACCCUGGAGGAUCUGGCUGUCCCUGCCCAGAGCCGGGCUCGGGCUCCGUCCCAAGCUGCCCUUCACCAGCUGCUGGCCUCCGUGCAACGCCUGGAGCGUGAGGCAGUCCGUCUCAGGUACCAGGCAUCCCGGGAACCCGCAGGCCCUGUGCAGCAGGAGCCCUGGACCAGAGCUGGCCAGAUACUCCCUGCUCACCCCCAGCCCAGCCAGCCUGUUCUUGCUUCCUGGGAUGAGAGGAGGAAACAUUCCCAAGGUUUCAGGGAAACUGCAGGUUUCCCAGAAGCACCAGGGGUCCAGGAUGGUCUCUCAGACUCUCAGGCCAGCAGCAAGCCUGCAUCACUGGAGACUACUUUGGAGAUGCUUCCUGGGGUUGCCCUUGACCCUGGGCAGGGGGUCCUUCCUGCCCACCCUGUAAGGCGAGGAGAGACGUGCUCCCCAGGGACUACAUACGGCAGGGGACAGAGGGAGGACCCCCUGCUCCCUCAAGGGGCGGGCAGCAGGGAAGCCAGACUCUGCUCUUCAGCCUCGUCCAGUUCAGCCCGGGGCAUCCUCCCUGGGCGGGAAGGAGGGGACAGGACCCCACGGGAGCAGGUCGGCAGGGAAGAAGAGAGGUCGGCUUCCCGUCCGCCAGACACGGCCCCUGCGAGGAGUGCCCUGCAGUCUGUCCUGCGUUCAUUCUCCUGCCCCCAGGAGCUCUCUUGUCUGGGAUUUCCAAGGCUAGCCCCCCAUAGAGGGAAGUUCUCGCGGGGUCCAGCCAGCUCUCCUGCCGCAGCGUGGGGCAUCAGCCUCCCUGCUGGAAAGGCGACGUGGGUGCUGCUGAGCCCCCAGCUCUCCCCGGGACUGGGGACCAGGCCCAUCCCCUGGUCAGCCUGGUCUGUCCCCAGCCGGCAGUGGCCGUCCAGAUGUUUCAGAGCGUGGCGGCACUGGGUGCAGAGGCGGCGGGCAGUGGCAGCGGCCAUGGCGCUGGGCCGCCGGCAGCUGUUGCGCGGGGGCCUACGGGCGCCGCGGUGGACACUGUGGCUCCGGGAGGCCCACCUGGAGGCGGCGUGGGGACGACACACGCAGCCCCUGCUGGCGCGGACCUUCCAAAAGUGGAGAAACUUGAUUCAGCAGCAGAAACAAGGGUGGCUUCACAUCCAGGCUGGGCCAGGACCCCCAUCCUCUGGGGGAGGCCAGGACCGAGGCCCCUCAGGAAGGAAGCCAGUGGUGGACACCGCCUGGAGAAGCAGGCCAGAUGGAGGAGACAGGGGAGUCCAGAUCCUGCAGGCUCUGCAACAGCUGGCUGCCUUCCUCCUGUGGUGCCAUCAGAAGGAAUGGGCCAGGCAGGAGAAGGGGGUCCAGGGAGAGGCCUCCGGGGCCAUGCUGAGGACUCAGAGGAUGGAGAGCCCCCCCCCCCAGGCCUGGUGCUCUCCUGCUGCAGAUGCAGCCUGGGUGUCCCCACUGGAUACCCAGUGCCAGAGGGCCUGGCUCUGCAGGUGCUUUGGGGCCUGGCAGCGGUUCGUGCAAAGAGGGACCUGGUACCGGGACCACAUGGCCAACCGCCGGGCAGGGACCCUGAGGAUGUGCCUGCAGCAGUGGGUGCAGAUGAAGCAGCUCCAGGCCUCAGAUGGGGCGAAGGUGACCCAGCUGUCCCUUUGUUGGCGGAAGGCAGGCGAGAGACCUGUUCAGUCUUCCACCUGCAAGAGAUGUAGCCCCUGCUUCUGGGAAGCUCCUGGUCUUAGGGGGAUGCACAACCCCUGCCCCCGACCGACCGACCAAAACCUGACAGAGGAAGAUGGGGUCUUCCAGGUGUCCCGGGAACAUGGCCCUCCUCAGCUGGGCCCCUGGGGGGCCACAGCCCACAGCCUGGGGGUGGUGGCCCAGGCCCAGGCACUGCCGCAGGAGCAAGGCCGGGGCUCCCUGCAGGAAGCCGGCCGGAGGCUGGCCCUCCACCGGCCGCUGCUGCUCUGGAGGACGCGGCUCUCCCAGUGCCAGCGGGCGGAAAUCUGGACCCACCUCUCACCCAUCUCCUGGCUAAGUGGGAGCCCCCUGGUGGCGGGAACCGUGUCUGUCUCCUCACCACUGUCUCCCAGCGUCUUGCAGAUGCCCAGGCUGCCGAAGACUUCCCGGGCCCCCGGCCUCCUGGAGGCGUUCCGAGCGCGGGCCCAGCAGUCCCGGGGAGUGGCAAGGUGGCACCAGCGCACCCUUCAGAGGCGCAUCCUCCUUGGCUGGAGCCACUGGGCAACAGCCCAGGGGGCCAGGAGAGAGCUGGCUGCCCGCCGGGCCUGGGAUCAGAGCUGCAGGGCCGCGCUGGGCCUGUGGCAGCAGCGGCUGGUGCAGCAGCAGGAGACGGAACAGUGGGCCCAGGUGGGGCAGGGACAGCAGCGACGUGCACUGGGCCACUGGCACUGCUGCUGGCAGAGACAGCAGAUCCGGCGUGAAAAGUAGCAGCGGUGUGUGCGGGCCCGCCUCCAGGGCCUGCGCAGGGCCGUGUUCCGGAGCUGGCAGGAGGCCGCAGCUCGUCAGAGACCCACGGCGGCCGGUCCAGAGCAGCUCCUACUGCAGAGCCACUUCCAGGCCUGGUGUGGAGUAGUGAGAGACACAGGGAUGCCCCGGGCCAAGGGUCCAGCCUUCCAGGAUGGCCUGAGGAGAUGGGCACCAGGGGCCACAUUUGCCAGUGAAGCCCCAGAAGCUGCAGCCCGGCCUCGGGAGCAGCGCGUGGCCCGGGCCUCCUUCUCCUGCUGGAGAAGCCAAGAACAGGGACACCAGGUGGACAUCAAGCUGAGGAGGGCCCGGGCCCAGCAGGCAAGGCAAGUGGCCCCUGGCCAGUGCUGUGAGGCCCGCCAGCAGGCAGGAGAGAGAACCCAGGCCCAGGCCCUGUGCUGGAUGCUGUGGGCACGUGAGUCCUGCCUGCAGCGGGUCAGCCGAGACCAUGCUGCCCCGAAGCUGAGCGCCAGGGUCCUAGAGGCCUGCGCCCAGUCAGCGACCGGGGGCCGUGUCCAGCGAACUGCCAUCACCCAGUUCCAGCAGGCUGGGCCCAGGCACCUCCUGCGAACCCACUGGGCCCACUGGCGGACAGCGCUGCUCAGAGUGUGGCUGGAACCACAGGCCGAGGCCCAGGAGGCCAGCACAGCCCACCCCAGGCCCAGAGCCAGCCUCAGGCACUGGCCUAGGCUGGCCACCAGAGGGCACCUCCUGGUGCUGAUGAGCGCUCCAGCCCUGGGGAGGCAGUGCAGUCGCUGGGGGCUCGGGCCCUGGAGUCAGACCACUCCGGAGAGGCCCGCAGCUGCAGGCCACAGGCCACAGGCCACAGGGCCUGGCCUGCCCAGCCCAACCAAGCACCACAGCCCCAGUGGACAGAAGAAGCAGAGAGAAACGUCCCGGACUCAGAGUGACAGAGAGCCUCCCCUCCCAGCUGGGAGCCCUGCCUCCCAGCUCCAGCUGCAGGGGCCCAGAUGCGCCUGCUGGGCGCAGGGCCAGCGCCCUAUGGGGCCAGAAGGGGACCGCAGCUCUGAGACCAAAGACCUCAGGGGCAAAGGCGAGGCUGAGAAAAGGGGUCGUGAUGCCCUUGGCUGUCAGGACACACACCAGGGCCUCUCCCCUCAGGAGGAAGUACCUGCAGCCCUGGUGCCUUGAGGCACUGCUUCGCCGGCUCCGGGGUUCCCCGCAGGCCGCCCGGGCAGCUGCAUGGCAGCGCUGGGUAGAUGCUCGGGGGACGGAGCAGCUGGCGCCGACACUGCUCAGGCAGUGGCACCUGAGGCGGGCCUGGCGACUGCCUCUGAAACACGGCACCAGCGCCUGGCAGCCAGGGGCCUGAGGAGCACAGCCAGCAGCGGUGGGAGGCCGGGGAGCAGGCGGGAAGCUGCCAGAGCCCCUGUGCUUGGUGGACUUGGGGUGAAGCAGGGGGCCCAGCCGCAGCUGUGACCCGUUCCCCUGGAAAGGAAAAUGGAUCGGAGCCCCACCCACCUGAGGAGUACAGGCUCAGGUACAAGGCGCUCAGGCCAAGAGCUCUGAAGGACAAUAAAACGCCCUCCUUAGCCCCAGCUGCGUCUCUGUCUCUCCUAAAGGCUGCCCCCUGCCCCACCCAGCCAGCCCCU